AUGGCACUUGAUCUGCUUUAUGGUUACAGGGAAAUUGUUGGAGAUGAUGGUUCUUUCAGAAGCUUGAGGUUGUUGCUUGAAAGCUGCAAGUCUUUGGUGGCUUUAUAUGUCCAUUUUGGCUCCAUAAUAGCUUAUUUUGGUGGAGUCUAUAACUCAAAUGUUGUGCUAUCAGGUUCAGUUGAUGAUCGUCGUUCGACUUUUGGAUAUUGCACACUCCUUGGUGGUAAUCUGGUUACCUGGAGGAGAAAGAAGCAAUAUGUGGUUUCUAGAUCCAGUGUUGAGGCAGAGUACCGGACAAUGGCUCAAGGAUUCUGCCCAUGCUCUCUUUUAGGUCAGAAUUCAAGAAGAAUCAUAUCUUCUCAAUCAGCCAUUGGAUCAGCUUCAUAUUUUCAGGUUUUUAUACUCUCAUCAAGGGCUUCCAUCGACCCAAAGUAUAGCUCAAUCAGAGGUCUCCUGGUCCAGCCGCAGGAAGCAGAAGAGCUAUUUGAAACCAUUUCUCAGGCACUGCUUGCCUCCGUGGAUCGCAAUUGUUUGAGUGGAUGGGGUGGCGACAUCUUUGUUGUGUAA